AUGGAUCCAAACCUAAAUGAAUUCAAUCUCGAAUACUUCCAACAAGAAUGGGAGUUAGAAGAUAAAAUGUUUGAUAGGCAACAAGAACUGCUUGAAGAGUUGCUUAGGAGAGAAGAACAACCGCGCAAGAGAAAGUCCAUAUAUAGAGAUCAUCAAGCAGCGCAUGAGAGGCUCAUGGCCGACUACUUUGCCGAAUCAUGCACAUACACUGAUGCCCAAUUUCGACGAAGGUAUCGAAUGAAUAGGCCUCUCGAUCUACGAAUUGUGGAUUCUAUGUCAAAUUUCGACGUUUACUUCAUACAACGUCGUAAUAAUGCGGGCAAGCUUGGUUUAACCCCUAUCCAAAAGUGUACUGCUGCCCUACGCAUGCUCGCAUCUGGAGUAGCAGCUGAUGCUUGUGAUAAGUACGUGAAGAUAGGAGAAUCUACUGCGGUUGAGUGUACUCAGAGGUUUUGCGAAGGGGUAAUAGCCUUGUUUCAAGAUGAAUACUUAAGACGACCCAAUGUGCAAGACUUGCAGAGGUUAAUCCAAGUUGGACAAGAGCGUGGUUUCCCAGGGAUGAUUGGAAGUAUCGAUUGCAUGCAUUGGCAGUGGAAAAAUUGUCCAAAGGCUUGGCAAGGGCAGUUUACUAGUGGACACAAGGGCACAGCAACAGUUAUUCUCGAGGCAUCUGGUGAAGCUUCAAGGGUAAACUUCACUGUUAAUGGACGGCAGUACAAUAUUGCAUACUAUCUUGCUGACGGAAUCUACCCAAAAUGGUCUGUCUUCGAGUCAUGCAGGAAGGACGUGGAGCGCGCAUUCGGGGUUCUCCAAGCACGGUUUGCUAUUGUCCGCCAACCAGCUCGAACGUGGGAUCUUGAAGUCUUAGGUAAAAUAAUGAGGGCGUGCAUUAUUUUACAUAACAUGAUAGUGGAAGAUGAACGAGAUUCGUAUUCGCGAAACUGGGAAAAUAUCGACUUUGAACCGUCAAACAAUCCUAGCUCUUCCGCCUCUUCCAGUGUUCAAACAGACGUAUUGCCUAAGUUUCAAGUCCAUGUCCGAGACCGAUCCGGAUCGGAUAAUCAUACUAGAGCCGAACUACGAGAUAGGAGCCAACAUAUUCAGUUGAAAAAGGAUCUCAUCGAGCACAUUUGGCAGAAAUUUGGAACAACCUCUGAUUAG